UGCAGGAUUGAGCCAAGGUAUCAAGAAUUGCUACACCAAGAUAUACCAAAAGUGGAAAAAGAUGGCGUUUCGGUUACUAUUUUAGCAGGGGAAUCCAUGGGCAUAAAAUCCCAAGUUUUCACACGAACGCCUACAAUGUACCUUGAUUUCACCCUAAAACCAGGUUCUGAGCAUCACCAACCGAUCCCCGAGACCUGGAAUGCCUUCAUCUACAUAGUUGAAGGAGAAGGGGCGUUUGGUUCUUCGGAUUCAACUACUACACCAGCUCACCAUUGCUUGGUUUUAGGCCCUGGUGAAGGCCUAAGUGUGUGGAACAAAUCUUCAAAACCAUUGAGGUUUGUUCUGAUAGGAGGGCAACCGAUUAACGAGCCUGUCGUGCAGUAUGGUCCAUUUGUUAUGAACACUAAGAGUGAGAUUAUGCAGGCUUAUCAAGAUUAUCAACUUGGAAAGAAUGGAUUUGAAAGGUCAAGGCAAUGGUGUUCUAAAUGA